CCACCUUGUACUUUCCGUGAACUACGGUGGCCGGGAAGGGGCCGGUGUUCGCUGGAAUGGCGGUGCGAAGGUGGUGUGGCUGGAGUCACAUCUCUGGCAGGUUUUACUGAAGAAACGGCUUAGAGGUUCAUCGCUUUUCUAAGAUUAAUAUUUGCAGUUUGAAGUUGUCAGCCUUCUCAUAAGAUGUAUUUCGGCCAUCAAAAUGAAAGCUUUCCUUGACAUUUUAGAGCAAUUAUACAGGAAGAUACUUCUUGGCGCCACACUUGAAAAUGACAGCCAUGAUUACGUCUUUUAUCUCAGCCUGGCAUUUUCAGAUCAAGACUGUUCAGACUGCUCAGACAACCUUGAUGUCGAGGGUGUGCAUCGGCCAUCCUCUGUCCAUUUGGCUACCGUUUCCGUAGCACCUGUGUGUUUGAAGAGGCACUCUCAGAUGAGCAGUACCCGAGAAGUAAUGCUCCUUCAGUUAACAGUGAUCAAAGUAAUGAUAACCAGAACAUUGUCUGUUGAAACUGAAUUCCAUGCAAAGGAGAAAUACAGAGAUAUAAUUAAAAUCCUUUUAAAAUCAUCUGACAUCGAUUCUAAAUUAACCUGUAUGUUCCAAAACUCGGAUAAAUUGUUGUCUCACAUGGCUGCAAAGUGCCUUGCACUACUUCUGUAUUUCCAAUUGAGAGAAAAGAUAACAUUAAGUAAUUCCUGGAUUGCUUUUUGCCAGAAAAAUCUUUCUGAAUAUCCUGAAAGAGAUAAAGCAUUGUAUUGCCUCUCAACUCUUACCAUUGUAAUGAAAGAAAUCUUAAAAGAUACGUGUUCACAAAAAACAGAAAUUUUAAAGCAGUUCCUGACUCCUUUUAACACCAUUUUUGAAGUCUUUUACAAUUCCUUGUUUUCUCAGCAUUUUGAAAACCACCAAGAUUUUUCUAAAAUCGUGAACAGCUUGAUAUGUUUCCUGGAAUUGCUUGAACUUCUUAUCGCCUCCAGAAUCCACCUGAAGUUACAUUUCACUUGCCAGAGGAUUUUAUUUUUGAAGCCUUCUUGUGUGUUAGACGUUAUCUCCUGGCCUGUUCAGGCUUUUGUCAAAAGGAAGUUCAUCAUAUUUAUCAAAAAGUGCCUUCUCUGCAAAGUGGGUGAAGACCUUUGUCGGGGGUCUGUCCCUGCCUUAAUGCCGCCAGAUGAUCACUUAGAUGUGGACAUGUUGGCUUUAGCUGACGCUGUUUUGCAAGCUGUGGAUUUGGGCUUGUUGAGGACAUUGUCUGUCCAUGGAAAACCUUCCCACUUUGGAGGCGAUGAAGUUCAGCCUGGUUGGGAGCAUGUCCCUGGUCCAGAUUAUGUGAUCCUCAGAGCAGCAAGUUUACCUAUCAUUAGAUCCUUAGAAAUCAAGUUUCAAAAUUGUGCUUCAGCAGACGAAAUGAAAGUUGAUUUACAGAGGUUUAUGUCUGAGUUGCUGACCUUCUUAAAGCGUCACCUUCAGCCCUCUCUGCAGUCACACAAUCUUUGUGAGUGGUUAUCUAGGGUCUUCGUAGAGCAAGACGAUGACAUGCUGGAGGCUGCCAAAGCAUUGCUGGGCAUCUACCUAAAGCUGACCAGGAAAUGUGAAGCUACUGAAAGCUUGACCCAAGAAAAAGAAAUGUGGAACCAUCACACACAUGAAAAUGGCUACAAUCCACACUGUAUUUUCUUAUUCUUAUUGAAAACUAUAGUAUUUGACUCUACAGUUCUUCUUGAUUUUUUGAUUUCAUCAGAAACAUGUUUUCUUGAAUAUUUUGUUAGAUAUUUAAAAUUAUUGCAAAAGGACUGGGAUCAUUUUUUCACUGUUUGCAAGUACUUUGAUGUAACUGAAUCUAAAGAUAGCGUAAAUAUUUAUUGUUGUAUCUCUUCACUUGUCCAAGACAGUAGCAGCAACUGGACAGAACCUGGUCCUUUGGCUGUUCUUAGUCAUCACAGAAAUGCUCAUGCUUGCGUCUGCCAUGCUUCCGAUGCUUCUUCAGAACCACUGAACCAGAUCGUGUUGUCCAAGGAAGCUUACACCACACUCCCGGCUAAUAGUCUGUCUCCCUGCAGAGCUUCUCCAAGUCUGGUAGAUUAUGACAGCUCUGAUGAUUCUGAAGAAGAAUCCACAAACCAGCGUUUAGCAAACAGUAGACUGACAUCUUUCCACCAAGAAGCAGUGAAGAAAAUUCAGGACAGAAUUGGGACAAGUAGGGGUGAAAAAGAACUUAGCCUGAAGCCUCAGUCACGGCCUCUGGUUCCUAAAGAAUCCAACACUCCCUUCUCUGUGGAUUGUGACCUAGCCUCAGAUAGCACUGCCUCUCAAGUAGGAAUAUGUUACAGGACAGUAAAGUGCUUUGAAGAGCUUCGAGGUGCCAUUUACCGUUUACAGAAGAAAAAUCUGUUCCCGUAUAAUCCGACAGCGCUUUUGAAGUUGUUAAAACAUGUCGAGGCAAUAUAUAAUAAAAGUUUGAACCCUUUGUACAACAGUGGCAUUUUAUUUCCACUAACUGUCUUUCCCUAAUAUAAAUUGUGCCUUAAUGAGACAAUAGUUAUUAAAAAAAAAAAAAAACCUCAAAAGAAGGGUUUUCUAAAUCAUGUCUUUUUUGCCUUUUAAAAGCAGCCUAGUGGCUAAAAAAGAUAAAUCAGAUGGCAAAUCACCUGAUACAGUUGUACAGCACUAGAAAUUCAUGGUAGUUCAAACUUACACAAAUGUGGGAUGGUUAUUGUAUCCGUUUUCUAGGGCUGCUGUUACCAAUUACCUUGAACUUGGUGGCAUAAAACAACAGAAAUUUAUUCUCUCACAGUUCUGGAGGCUAAAAGUUCAAAAUCAAGACGUCAGCAGAGCCAUGGGACACUAGGGAGAAGUCUUCCCUGCCUCCUCCUAGCUUCUGGCCAUUGCUGGCAAGCCUUGGUAUUCCUUGACUGGUACGUGCAUCACUCUAACCUUUCUCCAUUGUCUUGUGACAUUUCCCCUGUGUGUCUACCUGUAUCCAGUUUCCCUCUUACAAAGAUGUCAGUCAUUGGAUGGGGGCCCGCUCUCAUCCAGGAUGACCUCAGCUUAAUUAUAUCAGCAAGGACCCUAUGUCCAAAUAAGGUCACAUUCACAGGUUCUGGGAAGACAUGAAUUUGGGGAGGGACACUGUUUAAGCCAGUACAGAUAUUUAGGUGUAAUGUGAUAACAUAAAAACCUUAAAAUCUUAGCAGUUUUUAAAAGAGAGAUGAUUAGCUCUAUGUAUAUGUAUGUGUGUAGCCUAUGGACAUGAG